AUGGGGAGAGCACCUACAGCAUCGAGUGGGGGCUUCAAAAUCAACCGCGAUCUCCGCCUGAUUGACUACUACACCGACUUCCUCUAUAAGAUGACCAAACCCGAUGAGCCUAGACAUCCACAGUUCGAGAUCUACGGUUCAAGUGUUACUAUAUGGGAUGUCUGGGGAAAAUCAUUGUACUUUUCACUGCAGAGGAUUCUCCGGCUUCCCAAAAGACGGCAAAACCUAUGGCAUGUCAAUCUUCCUAGCUUCACAACGUACCCUUCGACAAGUCCCAUUCUUGAGCUAGAAGUGCCUUUGAAACAUGUCACAGUUGGAUGGCUUGAACGCACGGCAGGCACAAUGGGCAAGGAAGUAGGUUUUGAAAGUCUUACAACACCUCCGUCGGGAAGUUCACUAGCCGCUGGCACAUUCCCUAGCCAGCGAACCUGCGAGAAGGCCUGUGAACAGAUAUGGGACUGGAGUCGUAAGCGUGUGCUUAACAUACAGAUCCUCAGCACUGUUGUUUUCCGGUCAAUCACUGGGAUUCCCGCCUGA